CUUAGGUUGUGGUUUAAAUGUCUGAAGAAGGAAGUGAGUCCAGGAAAGUGGAAGUUACCCUGAGAGACUUCUCAGUGUGAUUCAGAAUGAUUGAGGAGAGUGGGAAGAGGAGGAGGACCAUGGCAGAGAAGAGGCAGCUGUUCAUGGAAAUGAGAGCCCAGAACUUUGACGUGAUCCGGCUCUCCACGUACAGAACCGCCUGCAAGCUGCGCUUCGUGCAGAAGAGGUGCAACCUUCACCUGGUAGAUAUCUGGAACAUGAUUGAAGCCUUCCGAGAUAACGGCCUUAACACUUUGGAUCCCAGCACGGAGAUCAACGUGUCCCGCCUGGAAACCAUCAUCUCCUCCAUCUACUACCAGCUGAACAAGCGCCUGCCUUCCACCCACCAGAUCAGCGUGGAGCAGUCCAUCAGCCUGCUGCUCAACUUCAUCAUAGCAGCGUGUGACAGUGAGGGCCAUGGGAAGCUGACAGUGUUCUCAGUGAAAGCCAUGCUGGCCACCAUGUGUGGGGGGAAGAUCCUGGACAAGCUCAGAUAUAUUUUCUCUCAGAUCUCAGAUUCCAACGGGCUGAUGGUUUUCACCAAGUUUGACCAGCUGCUGCGGGAGGUGCUGAAGCUGCCCACGGCCGUGUUCGAGGGGCCCUCCUUCGGCUACACGGAGCAGGCGCCGCGCUCCUGCUUCCCCCAGCAGAAGAAGGUGAUGCUGAACAUGUUCCUGGACACGCUGAUGGCUGAUCCUCCUCCCCAGUGCCUUGUGUGGCUGCCCCUCAUGCACAGACUGGCCCAUGUUGAAAAUGUCUUCCACCCCGUGGAGUGCUCGUACUGCCACUGUGAGAGCAUGAUGGGCUUCAGGUACCGCUGCCAGCAGUGCCACAACUACCAGCUGUGCCAGAACUGCUUCUGGAGGGGCCAUGCCAGCGGCACCCACAGCAACCAGCACCAGAUGAAGGAGCACUCCUCAUGGAAAUCGCCGGCCAAGAAGCUGAGCCAGGCCAUCAGCAGGUCCCUGGGCUGCGUGCCCAGCCGGGAGCCGCCCCGGCCGCUGUUCCCCGAGCUGCCCGAGAGGCCCCUGCAGCUGGCCCAGCUCCUGUGA